AUGUCACCUGUCAAGCCUGCAGAACUCGCUUGUCUUCCCACCAUUGAUUUUGCCGGCUUGAACCACCGCCUGGAUUUGAAGUCUAGGUCCAUGACGGUUGAGACUCUUGGAAAAGCAUGCAAGGAGAUGGGCUGUUUCCAGGUUGCCGCACACUACACAAACUGUGGAUUAAAUUUCUUACCUUGUGUAAUAUUCUUUUUGCAGGUCAUCAAUCAUGGCAUAAGUCAGUCAGUGAUGAAGGGUGCCAAGGAAGUAGCUUUGGAUUUCUUUGAAACAUCAACAGACGAGAAAGAUGCAUUGGCAUCAAAUGAUAUAAGGAAGCCAGUAAGAUAUGGUGCUAGCUCCAAGGACAGCAUCAGUGACUCAAGGUGUUUCCUGAAAAAAUAUGCCCAUCCUCUCCAAGAAUGGAUCCCAUUGUGGCCACUCUCCCCACCAGAUUACAGGGAAAAAAUGGGAAAAUAUGCGUUAGAAGUAAGGAGAGUUGCACUGCAACUGAUGGAUGCCAUACUUGAAAGCCUGGGAGUCAGUACAGGAGACCUGAAUGAACAGCUUGAUGAAGGCAUGCAAGUCAUGGCUGUCAACUUUUAUCCCCAGUGUUCAACACCAGAUCUCUCACUCGGAUUGCCUGCUCAUUCUGACUAUGGCUGCAUAACCAUCUUGCUCCAGAGCUGCGAGGGCCUUCAGGUCAUUGGAGGUGAUGGGAAUGCUUGGCAGGAAGUUCCUCAGGUUCCAGAGGCCCUGCAUGUCCACAUAGGUGACUAUAUGGAGGUGUUGAGCAAUGGCCGAUACAAGAGUGUUUUGCACAGGGCUGUUCUCAACCCUGACAAGAAGAGAGUAUCAGUUGCUAGCAUCCAUGGGUUUUCUAUGGACAAAAAGGUUGCUGCUGCCAAAGAAAUGGUGGAUGAGCAACACCCAAAAGGAUACAAAGAAAGUAGCUUCAGAGACUUUCUUGACUACAUUGAGGCCACUGACAUCACUAAGGGAAAAAGCUUCAUAGACAGCCUCAGACUCACCAGCACUUGAAU